AAUGCAUAUAUUGCAGCAAAGCACCGACUUCCGCGAUAAGUUGUUUCCGAUGUUGAGUUAUUUCGACUGUGUACGAACGGAUUAAUUAUGGAUGUAAUAAUAAGAAACAGUUGUGUAUAAAUACAACAUACAAUGAAGUUUUUCAAUGGAUCUAUGUCGCUAAAGAUCUGCGAGGCGCAUGAUCUUAAGCCAACCGACUGCUCGACUCGCCAUCAAAUAGCCAAGGGGGCUCAGUUGAUAGAUCCAUAUAUAUCGGUAGACGUAGAUGACAAUGAAGUUGCAAGAACCACCACAAAAACGAAAACUCUGACUCCAGUGUGGAACGAGAAUUUUAUGACCGAAGUGCAUAACGGACGUACGUUAGGACUUACGGUUUUCCAUGAUGCGGCCAUUCCCCCCGACGACUUUGUUGCAAAUUGUUCAAUCCCAUUCGAAGAAAUCAAGGAAAAUUCUAACGAUCUAUGGGUCGAUUUGGAACCAAAUGGACAAAUACACAUUAUAUUGGAAUUACAAGGCUCUACAUCUGAAGAGCCCCCAAAGGAAAGAGUAUUUAAAGAAAAGGAUGGUUUACUCAACCGCCGACGUGGGGCAAUGCGUAGAAGGGUACAUCAAGUCAAUGGACAUAAAUUCAUGGCCACACUUCUACGUCAACCCACUUUCUGCUCACUGUGUCGGGAUUUUAUAUGGGGACUUUGGAAUCAAGGUUAUCAAUGUCAAGUGUGUACAUGUGUGGUCCAUAAACGCUGCCACAACAGUGUAGUUACUAAAUGUCCAGGCUCAAAGGAUGACGCAAGUGUAGAGCAGGUACCGCGGGUGAAGAUCAAUGUUCCACAUCGUUUCAAUGUACACAAUUAUAAGAGACCAACAUUCUGUGACCACUGUGGCUCCUUAUUGUAUGGUAUUGUUAAACAAGGGGAGCAAUGUGGAGAUUGCAAAAUAAAUGUUCACAAAAGGUGUAAGAAAAAUGUUGCAAAUAAUUGUGGACUAAAUUCAAAACAGUUGGCAAAGGUGAUACAAGAAAUUGGACUCACACCGGGCAAUACAAGAAAAAAGCCAUCAAUAAGUACAGAAUCUCCGAACAAGGAUAAACAGGGACGCUUGACAUCUCCUCUUCCUGAAUUGGAAAAAAAGAAAAACGGGAACAAAAAAAUUCCCUACAUGCGGAGUCACACAGUUGCUAAUCUGAUAGAUAAAAAAGAGGUAGAAAUCUCAAAAGACAAAAAGAGAAAUGAUGGGAAUGAUGAGUAUCCAGAGGACAGUGAUCAGAAUACACUCUCCGCUGACGACAUGUGUUUAAGUCGUGGGCGAAGUCCAUCACAGGACAGAUCAGGCCAAAGACGUGCAGAUAGAAUCGGCCUCAAAGAUUUUGUCUUUAUCAAAGUUUUGGGUAAAGGCAGUUUUGGCAAGGUAAUGUUAGCAGAGAAGAAGGGUACAGAUGAAGUCUUAGCUGUAAAAGUUCUUAAAAAAGAAACAAUAUUACAAGAUGAUGAUGUAGAAUGCACCAUGACAGAAAAGAGAAUCCUCGCUCUUUCUGCAAAGCAUCCCUUCCUCACAGCACUUCAUUCAUGCUUCCAAACAAGGGACCGAUUAUUUUUUGUGAUGGAGUAUGUAAAUGGUGGUGAUUUAAUGUUCCAAAUUCAACGAGCUCGUAAAUUUGAUGAACCAAGAGCUAGAUUUUAUGCUGCAGAAGUGACUCUUGCUCUUAUGUUUCUUCAUCGAAAUGGAAUAAUUUAUAGGGAUCUGAAAUUAGAUAACAUAUUAUUAGAUGCUGAGGGCCAUUGUAAAAUAGCAGAUUUUGGUAUGUGUAAAGAAGGAAUGUUUGAGAACAAAGUAACACAAACUUUUUGUGGCACACCAGAUUACAUAGCACCGGAGAUAUUACAAGAGCUAGAUUACGAUGCUUCUGUAGACUGGUGGGCAUUAGGAGUUCUUAUGUAUGAAAUGAUGGCUGGUCAGCCUCCAUUUGAAGCAGAUAAUGAGGAGGAUCUGUUUGAGUCAAUCCUGCAUGAUGAUGUACUCUACCCAGUCUGGCUCAGUAAAGAAGCAGUACAAAUCCUAAGAGGGUUUAUGACAAAGAAUCCUGCCAAGAGACUUGGAUGUGUAAAGGAUCAUGGAGGGGAAAAGGGAAUCUUAAAUAACCCAUUUUUUCAUGAGAAAAUUGACUGGGAUCUGCUAGAAAAAAGACAAAUAAAACCUCCAUUUAAACCUAAAAUUAAAUCAAGAACAGAUGCCAACAACUUUGACAAAGACUUUACUUCUGAGGAACCAACACUUACUCCAGUGGACCCAGCUGUUGUGAAAACAAUCAACCAAGAAGAAUUCCAAGGCUUCUCAUUUAUUAAUCCAGACUAUGGAAAACUGUCCUAUUGUCCGACCUCGGAUAUUCAUUGACCCCUGCUAAUUUUAAAGAAAGAUUGUGAUGACCCCUUUCCCCCUUCUUGCUCCCCCACGCAGAUCAAUAACAGGCAGUAAACAGACUAAAGAAAGAUUCAGAGUGAAAGAAAGAGUGAGAAGGAAAAAUAUUCUGACAGAAAUACAUAAAUUUUCCUUUUUUUAACUAAAGUAACUUUGUAAAAUGAAAUUAUUUUGGGUAGUUACAGAUGAACCAAUAUUUCCAUAUAUUCCAGCAAUUUGUUGUGGUGUGUCACCAGUUCUCUAGUUUAUACCCCAUCAUCGUUUUUUUUUUCAGCCUCUUCAUUCAAUACCUCAGUUCUUUGACUUUUUAGAACUAAAAAACAAAACCUAGUCAUGGCCACAUAUGAUGCUGUGAAUGUUUUAUACAUGUUUACAUCACAGAUCAAUUUCUCAUGCUUUUUUUCAACAACAGAAUUUUUUUUUUUACAUUUCACUAUCGUAGUCUGUUUAUGAAAAUUCAACUUUAGAGAUAUAAUUCCUUUCCAUACUGUAUAUUGUUUAUUAUUUACAUAAUUUUUAUAUGAGUUGAUACUGUAAAUGCAUUUAUAAAAAGAGAAGAAUUUCUGACUUUUACACAAAGGAAGUUUUUAUUAAUUUAAGAAGGCAUUGGUACUGUUAGAGACAACAUUUUUACAACAUGUGAAUGAAAACUGAGACUGAAAUAUGGCUUCUAAAGUUGUAUUGUACGUAUACAUGUACAUUGUAAAAUAAACAAACACAGGCCAAAUAACAACAAAACAUAUUUAUAUACAUGUAUUUGAAUAUAUUCUAGUCAAGUUGCAUCCGGUGUAAAAAUUCAGUGAUACAGUUAUGAAUUUCUUACACAGGUGCUAUUUAAGUAUUUUUCUGUUGCAUAUCUGAUACCAACAUGAAAAUUUUAGAAUUAUAUUGUUUGUACACUAUCAAGUGUUAAUAAGGUACAGAAAGUUACCUGAAAUGAAUACUUGAAUGGACAAAAGUCUGUGGUGUCAUAUAACUUAAGCCUGUCUUGUUGUGCCCUUUACUUAGAACUCUGGGUUAUAACCCAGUCUUCAAAUGUUAUCAUAAUCUGGUAAUGAUCUCACUUUUUUUUUCUUUGAUAACAAAUUGUAUUUUCACUAAGUAAGUGCUAGUAGGAGGAAUGAAUAUCUGAAAAUUCAAACAUAAUACCAGUAAAAUAAACUUUUCUGAUUUAGUUUUAGAAGAUGUGUGAUAUUCCAUGCCUGUACAAGUACAUGUACCUCUUAAUUGAGAGGGGUUUUUUUUUCUUGAUAGUAAAUUUAUGAUAUACACAAAUACAUGAACCACAAAGCUAAGUUCCAUUUAAGUGAAGAAAUAAAGCUUGGCAUUCCUUUUCAUAAUUUAUUAACACCAAGUUCUGAAGGCUGUUGAAUGCUCUAUGCUUUUCCAUGAUGGAGAAGAAUAAACUUGCUUGAAUUUUUGCAUAAACUGAAUGAAAGAUGAACUUAUUUAUGCAAGAUAUGGUGUUGAUUGACCCUCAAGCAAAAAAAAACUUCAAAAUUGAGACAAAAUAAUUUUUUUUAGUUCAGUAGAUAACUUAUGAUCUAAUGAUUAUAUUUAUAGAUUACUAUAGAUAUAUUAUAAUCACUAUGAGAAAAACAUGGAUUAAUUUAUUGAAUUUCUUUGACAGAGGGUUGUCACUGAUAAAUGCAAUUUUUUUCAGGAUGGUUUUGCAUCUGAAAAAAAAACUUUCAUUCCUAAAGUUGUUUUCACAGCAUGGCUUUUAUCUUGCAUUGAAAUUGUAGGGUUCAGUAGAAAUGUGCUAAUUUUUUGCAGAUUAUAUUUUAUUUAACAGUUUGUGAAACAGUAUUUCACUCAAAUCCUGUAUGUUGAUAAAAAAAAUAUGUUGAGCAUUGUGCUAAAAAUAGACUACAGGGAUAAAACAUGGGACACAUGCAGCAUUUGUUGGAGAGUUGAUGGAAGAAGGAUUGUGAGAUUGUUUAUGACAGUAGUCAGAUUUUCUCUAGAUAUAUAUGUUGAUGUCUUUCCUGCUUUACAUUAACUAUAUCAUAUUCUUAGAAUUAUUGGCAGACUGAAAUUUCUUUAUAUCAAGUGAUACAUUUUUUGUGGGUGUAAAUUUUUAAGAGGGUUGCAAGUGAUCAGUGCAAUAUUUUUUAGUUGUUUUAUUGUUUUUUAAUUGGUUUUAUAGAUGGAGGAAACCUUGGUCAUGCAUGUAUUUGUGAACGGAAGCAGAGUGUUGGUACUCUAACAUACAUUUUUUUUUAAUUUUUGUUGAAAAUCAAUAUUUAACAAUACAUGUACCAAAGCCUCCAAACAUGUUAUUAAUAUUAGAUGCAAGUCUUUGAUUCAAGGGAUCUAUCUGUUAUAUAUGUAUAUGUUACUGUAGAUCUUUCAAUAAAUGUUUCCCAGAUAAUUUUACCUCUGAUAUUUUAUGUUAGGCCUUGAAAAAACUUUUUUUAUUGGGACAAUCUUCAUUGCUACUUUUUGUUUUGGCCACAUUUAUAAACAUGAGAUUUUUGUUAGAUUUAAAAGUGGGGGGAAUAUUAAGUUGAAGGCAUUCUGUCCACAAACGAAUGUGCUAUAGACAUAUGCAAAUUAAAAAGAAAAUGUUUCCUGCCAUGUGAUAAGAUUAUUGUGUAAGACUUAAGUAGCUGCCACAUGAAUUGAUAUACCAUGAUAUUAGUAUCUUUGUUAUCAAAAUUUUCAGAUUUCCAAAAAGAAAAAAGUUAUGUGCAAUGUCUCUUAUUUCGGGGUAAAUGCUUUGUGGGUGAAAAUAUGAAGUUAUGUGGUAUUAUUUGUAUAAAGACACAUUUUAAUGUACAACUGAAUAAUGCUGGACAAGCACACUGUGAGGAGAGUACAGAUUGUCAUUUUUUAGAACUACCCUGAUCAGUAUUGCGUGUAAUCAUGUCAUUUUCUAGCAACUUGCAAGUAAUUUUCUAGUGACUUUCAAGUUUAUGCCGACGAUGUGUACUAUAUGUAUUAAUCAUUUUAUAGUACUCUGUGAAAGCUUGUUUUUGUUUGGAUUUUUAAAUUCCAUAUCAUUUUAAGGAAGAGUUUAUCUGUGACACAUGUCUCAUUAAUUCCAUUGUUCAUUUUACCAUAGAGUUCAGCAACCUCUAACAAAGGUUUUAAGUUGUAUAAUAAAUGUAAUAAUCUGAA